AUCUUCUGACUCACUACCACAAUUGCCACAUUUUUUUUCUUCCCUCUACAUCUCAUCAUUUUCCACUAGGCUCGUUGACGUGCACCCCUCUGUUCAUCGCCGAUCAUUCUACGUCAAUGGCUUCUUCUUCUUUUUGUUCCGAGUCGUCGUCUUCCUCCGGCCGUCGUAGUUGGAAAUACGACGUUUUCCUCAACUUCAGAGGCGAAGACACUCGCAGGUCCUUCGUCUGCCAUCUCUACAGAGCUCUGGACCAGAAAGCCAUCCACACUUUCAUCGACGCCGAAGAGCUCCGAAAAGGCAACCACCUCUCCGACCUACUCACAGCCAUUCAAAACUCCAGGGUCUCGAUCGUAGUUUUCUCUCCAAACUAUGCUUCUUCCACCUGGUGCCUCAAAGAACUCGUCCAAAUUCUGGAAUGUAUGGACUCGGACGGCCAGACUGUGGUGCCCGUCUUCUACGAUGUCGAUCCGUCUGACGUCCGCAAGCGCAAGAGGAGUUUUGCGGAGGCGUUUGCGAGACACGAACUCGACUCCGCGGCUGAGAUGGCGGAGGUGCGGAGAUGGAAGUCAGCUCUUACAAAAGCCUGCAAUAUAUCGGGCUGGGAUUCGCGAAAUUACGAGGAUGAUGCAAGGCUUAUUGCAGAAAUUGUACAAGAUAUCUUUGAUAAAUUGACCCAUAUGUCGUCAAGUGAAGGCGAGGGCUUGGUUGGAAUGGAUUCCCAGCUAGAUGAAAUGAAUUUGCAAUUAUGCCUUGGCACGGAGGAUGUUCGCUUUGUUGGAAUAUGGGGUAUGGGUGGAAUAGGCAAAACAACCAUUGCCAAAGCUGUUUAUGAUAAAAUUGCUUGUCAAUUUGAAGCUUACUGCUUUCUUGAAAAUGUCAAGGAAGGUUUCUCCAGGCAUGGUGCAAUACAUAUGCAGGAAGAGCUUUUAUCCAGAAUCUUGAAGGAAAGGGUGCCAAGUUUAGGAACUUUGGACAAAGGUUCCAAGAUGAUAAGGGAAAGACUAGCUAAGAAAAAAGUUUUCCUUGUUCUUGAUGACGUGGACAAUAUAGACCAAAUUGAAGGCUUACUUGGAAAGCAACGUUCAUUUGGCUGCGGAAGUAGAAUUAUUAUAACAACACGAGAUGAGCAAUUACUAAGACUAAGCAGAGUUGAUGCAAUAUAUAGGCCCAAGUUUUUAAGUGACAAUGAAGCUCGUGACCUCUUUAUGCAAUAUGCCUUCAGAACAAACCAACCCACAAGUGACUACAAUCAUCUCACAUGCCAUGCUAUAGAAUAUGCUAAAGGUUUGCCUUUAGCGCUCAAAGUCUUGGGAGGUUUUCUUGAUAACAAAAGUGUACGCGAGUGGGAAGAUGUGUUAGAGAAGAUAAGGAAAAUCCCACACAUGGGAAUUCAGGAUGUGCUUAGAACGAGUUUUUAUGGGCUGGACGAUUCAGAGAAGGACAUUUUUUUGGACAUUGCUUGUUUCUUUAAAGGAAUGAAAAAAGAUCGUGCAACAAAUAUCCUGGAAGGUUGUGGCUUCUAUCCUCAUAGUGGAUUAAGAGUUCUAAUUAAUAGAUCUCUCAUAACAAUCUCAGAUUAUGGCACACUCGAGAUGCAUGAUUUACUAGAAGAAAUGGGUUGGGAAAUUGUCCGCCAAGAAUCUAUUAAAGAGCCCGGGAGACGCAGUAGGCUGUGGAGUUAUGAAGAUGUUCAUCCCGUGUUCACUCAAAAUACAGCUACAGAAGCUAUUGAGAGCAUAGUCCUGGACUUGUCAAACAAAUCAGAAGAAGUAUACUUAAAUGCUGAAGCUUUUGUUGGAAUGACGAGGCUAAGACUGCUCCGUAUCCAAUAUCAUAACCCCUCUAGACGUGUUUUCAUACGAUGCCCGAGUAGAGACUUUCCUUCUCAUAAACAACGCCUGAGUGGAGACUUUCCUUCUCAUAAACAACACCUGAGUGGAGACUUCAAGUAUCUUUCUCAUGAAUUGAGGUAUCUCGUUUGGCAUGGCUGCCCCCUAAAGUCUUUGCCAUCCAAUUUUAACCCCAACAACCUAGUUGACCUUGACAUACAAUUUAGUAACAUCCAACAACUUUGGGAAGGAACCAAGCAUUUGAAAAGCUUGAAGUUCAUCAAUUUAAACCUCUCUCAAUACCUUGAAAGAACCCCCGACUUAACUGAGGCAAAAAAUCUGGAGGCAUUAUACCUUGAAAAUUGUAAGAGUUUAUUUGAGGUUCAUCCAUCCAUUUCAUCUCUUCAAAAUCUUCUUGUUUUGAGUCUAAGAGGGUGCAAAAAACUGAGGAAAUUUCCAAGCAGCAUUGAUAUGAGAUCUCUCAAAUCUCUUAAUCUUUCUGGCUGCUCAAAAUUUGAGAAGUUUCCAGAGAUCUCAAACGUCAUGAAGGAACUUUCAAAACUUUGUUUAGAUGGGACUGCAAUUAAAGAACUGCCCUCGUCAAUUAAAAAUCUUACAGGGCUUGUUACUUUGAACUUAAAAGAUUGCAUAGAGCUUCAAAGUCUUCCAAGCAGCAUUUAUAUGAGAUCUCUCAAAUCUCUUAAUCUUUCUGGCUGCUCAAAAUUUGAGAAGUUUCCAGAGAUCUUAGACGUCAUGAAGGAACUUUCAGAACUUCAUUUAGAUGGGACUGCAAUUAAAGAACUGCCCUCAUCAAUUAAAAAUCUUACAGGGCUUGUUACUUUGAACUUAAAAAAUUGCAUAGAGCUUCAAAGUCUUCCAAGCAGCAUUUAUAUGAGAUCUCUCAAAUCUCUUAAUCUUUCUGGCUGCUCAAAAUUUGAGAAGUUUCCAGAGAUCUUAGACGUCAUGAAGGAACUUUCAGAACUUCAUUUAGAUGGGACUGCAAUUAAAGAACUGCCCUCAUCAAUUAAAAAUCUUACAGGGCUUGUUACUUUGAACUUAAAAAAUUGCAUAGAGCUUCAAAGUCUUCCAAGCAGCAUUUAUAUGAGAUUUCUCAAAUCUCUUAAUCUUUCUGGCUGCUCAAAAUUUGAGAAGUUUCCAGAGAUCUCAGACGUCAUGAAGGAACUUUCAGAACUUCAUUUAGAUGGGACUGCAAUUAAAGAACUGCCCUCAUCAAUUAAAAAUCUUACAGGGCUUGUUACUUUGAACAUAAAAGAGUGCAUAGAGCUUCAAGGUCUUCCAAGCAGCAUCUACCAACUUAAAUCCCUAAAAGAUGUUACUCUUUGUGGCUGUAAAAGUCUCAAGAUGUUUCUAGAGAAUUUAGAAGUUUCGAAGAAUCUUUCGAAACUUUGUUUGGAUGGCAUUGCAAUUAGAGAUUUGCCCUUUUCAAUUAAAAAUCUUACAGGACUUCAUACUUUCAACCUCAGAGGCUGCCUACAACUGAAAAGUCUUCCAAGCAGCAUCUGCCAACUCAAGUCCCUUAGAUGGUUUUCUCUUUCUGGCUGCUCAAAUCUUGAGAAGUUUCCAGAGAUUUUAGAAGUUAUGGAAGAACUCCGGUUGCUUUGUUUGGAUGGGACUGCAAUUGAAGAAUUGCCAUCGUCGAUAAAUAAUCUUACGGGGCUUCGUAGUUUGCGCCUUAAAGGCUGCUUGAAGCUUAAAAGUCUGCCGUGCAGUAUCUGUCAACUCAAGUCCCUGAAAGAUUUUACUCUUUCUGGCUGCUCAAAUCUUGAGAAGUUUCCAGAGAUUUUAGAAGUUAUGGAAGAACUCCGGUCGCUUUGUUUGGAUGAGACUGCAAUUGAAGAACUGCCAUCGUCGAUAAAUAAUCUUACGGAGCUUCGUAGUUUGAGCCUUAAAGGCUGCCUGAAGCUUAAAAGUCUGCCAUGCAGUAUCUGUCAACUCAGGUCCCUGAAAAAUUUUACUCUUUCUGGCUGCUCAAAUCUUGAGAAGUUUCCAGAGAUUUUAGAAGUUAUGAAAGAACUCCAGUGGCUUUGUUUGGAUGGGACUGCAAUUGAAGAAUUGCCAUCGUCGAUAAAUAAUCUUGCGGGGCUUCGUAGUUUGAGCCUUAAAGGCUGCUUGAAGCUUGAAAGUCUGCCGUGCAGUAUCUGUCAACUCAGGUCCCUGAAAGAUUUUACUCUUUCUGGCUGCUCAAAUCUUGAGAAGUUUCCAGAGAUUUUAGAAGUUAUGGAAGAACUCCGGUCGCUUUGUUUGGAUGAGACUGCAAUUGAAGAACUGCCAUCGUCGAUAAAUAAUCUUACGGAGCUUCGUAGUUUGAGCCUUAAAGGCUGCCUGAAGCUUAAAAGUCUGCCAUGCAGUAUCUGUCAACUCAGGUUCCUGAAAGAUUUUACUCUUUCUGGCUGCUCAAAUCUUGAAAAGUUUCCAGAGAUUUUAGAAGUUAUGGAAGAACUCCGGUCGCUUUGUUUGGAUGAGACUGCAAUUGAAGAACUACCAUCGUCGAUAAAUAAUCUAACGGGGCUUCGUGGUUUGAGCCUUGAAGGCUGCUUGAAGCUUAAAAGUCUGCCAUGCAGUAUCUGUUUCAAGUCCUUGAAAUAUUUUACUCUUUCUGGCUGCACAAAUCUUGAGAAGUUUCCAGAGAUUUUAGAAGUUAUGGAAGAACUCCGGUCGCUUUGUUUGGAUGAGACUGCAAUUGAAGAACUGCCAUUGUCAAUAAAUAAUCUUACAGGGCUUCAUAGUUUGAGCCUUAAGGGCUGCUUGAAGCUUAAAAGUCUGCCAUGCAGUAUCUGUCAACUCAAGUCCCUGAAAGAUUUUACUCUUUCUGGCUGCUCAAAUCUUGAAAAGUUUCCAGAGAUUUUAGAAGUUAUGGAAGAACUCCAAUCGCUUUGUUUGGAUGAGACUGCAAUUGAAGAACUGCCAUCGUCGAUAAAUAAUCUUACGGGGCUUCGUAGUUUGAGCCUUGAAGGCUGCUUGGAGCUUAUAAGUCUGCCAUGCAGUAUUUGUCAUCUCAAGUCCCUUGGAUGGUUUUCUCUUUCUGGCUCCAAAAAUCUUGAGAAGUUCCCAGAGAUUUUAGAAGUUAUGGGAGAACUCAAUUCGCUUUGUUUGGAUAAGACUGCAAUUGAAGAAUUGCCAUUGUCGAUAAAUAAUCUUACGGGGCUUUGUAGUUUGAGCCUUGAAGGCUGCUUGAAGCUUAAAAGUCUGCCAUGCAGUAUCUGUCAACUCAAGUCACUUAGAUGGUUUUCUCUUUCUGGCUCCAAAAAUCUUGAGAAGUUUCCAGAGAUUUUAGAAGUUAUGGGAGAACUCAAAUGGCUUUGUUUGGAUGAGACUGCAAUUGAAGAACUACCAUCGUCGAUAAAUAAUCUUACGGGGCUUCGUAGUUUGAGCCUUAAAUGCUGCUUGAAGCUUAAAAGUCUGCCGUGCAGUAUCUGUCAACUCAAGUCCCUGAAAGAUUUUACUCUUUCUGGCUGCUCAAAUCUUGAGAAGUUUCCAGAGAUUUUAGAAGUUAUGAAAGAACUCCAGUGGCUUUGUUUGGAUGGGACUGCAAUUGAAGAACUGCCAUCGUCGAUAAAUAAUCUUACGGGGCUUUGGAGUUUGAGCCUUGACGACUGCUUGAAGCUUAAAAGUCUACCAUGCAGUAUCGAUCAACUCAAGUCCCUGAUAUAUAUUUUUCGUAGUGACUGCCCAAAUCUUGAGACAGAGAACUUACCGAAUUGAGGGUUUCAAUUGUAAUGAAUUCAAUUCUCUAUGUUGUCGGAGCCA